CGGUAAUUGCCCGGCCUCCUUCGCAACGCUCAGCCCCGUAACACAUCCUUCGUAAUACUUAUACGUCCCCAUGGCAAGUUCGAUCUUGAGGAGCAGAGCGCUUCCGCUCACCCGCCAAAUAAGACACUUCAACUCUAGUCCUGCUCACUAUGCAGCAGAGGUAAAGAAGCUAGGUGUCCUGGGCGCCGGCCAAAUGGGCUUGGGCAUUGCCUUGGUGGCCGCCCGAAAAGCCGGUGUCUCCGUCACGCUGGUUGACUCGUCACAAUCUUCCUUGGAUAAGGGCAUCUCCUUCGCGGAGAAACUCCUAUCCAAAGAUGUCUCCAAGUCGCGGAUCACGCAGGAGCAGGCCGACAAGGCGAGGUCUCUGCUCUCGCCUACGACCUCGGUGGAAGACCUGUCGGAGGUCGACUUCGUGAUUGAGGCGGUGCCCGAAAUUCCGCAGCUCAAGUUCGACAUCUUCGCGCGGCUGGCCGAGGUCUGCCCGAAACACGCGAUCCUCGCGACCAACACGUCGUCCAUCUCGAUCACCAAGAUCGCCGCGGCGACGACUAAGGACCCGAAGGACACGUCGGCGAGUUCGCGUGUCGUGUCGACUCACUUCAUGAACCCCGUGCCCGUGCAAAAGGGCGUGGAGAUCAUCAGCGGCCUGCAGACGAGCCCCGAGACGCUCGACACCGCUAUCGCCUUCUGCAAGGCCAUGCAAAAGAUCCCCUCCGUAUCCGGCGACUCUCCCGGUUUCCUAGCAAACCGUAUCCUCAUGCCGUAUAUCAACGAGGCCGUCAUAUGCCUCGAGACCGGCGUCGGCAAGCGCGACGACAUCGACGCCAUCAUGAAGAACGGCACCAACGUGCCCAUGGGCCCGCUGCAGCUCGCCGAUUUCAUCGGCCUCGACACGUGCCUAGCUAUCAUGAAGGUACUGCAUCAAGAAACAGGCGACUCCAAGUACCGGCCGAGCGUGCUGCUCGCCAAGAUGGUCGACGCCGGUUGGCUAGGGAAGAAGAGCGGCAAGGGGUUCUACGAUUACUAGACGCGGUACAUGUGUAAGUAGUUUCUAUCGCCAUUGGAAUGUAUCUAUGAACCGACUGCCCAUGGCAUCUACCGUCAUGGUAGGCUCAUUUUAAAAGUGUGUGAUCCACGGCUGUAUCAUAUCAGUACCUACGGAGUAAGUCAAGAGGAAUGAGGGCGGUCAAUGAAUAAAAAGGUGCGUCGGUACGACAAACCGGGACGUAUGG